AUGGUAAGUUUCCUGGAAGCCCAAGUUCCAAUGUUGACGGACACAAAUUAUGGAGACUGGAGUAUGCAAAUGAAGGAAUUACUCUAUUUUUAUGAUAUUUGGGAUAUAGUCGAAAGCGGGUAUGAUGAGUUCACAUCAGCGGCCGAAGUAGCUCUGUCAGAAGCCGAGAAGAUGACAUUAAAUGGGUGCAGGAGCAAAAAUAACAAGGCAUGUUUCAUGAUUUAUCAAGGUGUCGACGAAUCCACCUUUGAUAAUAUUGCACAUGAAAAAAAAGCAAAAGACGCCUGGGAGAUUCUGCAAAAAUCAUUCCAAGGAGUCGAUAAAGAAAAAGAGGUGGAGCCUCAAGUAUUGCAUGGCGAGUUCGAAAAUAUGAAAAUGAAAAUUUUUGAAAAUAUUGAAGAAAAUGUUAUGCGUUUGAAAACGGUAACAAAAGAAAUAAAAAGAAAUGAUGAAAGACUUGAUAGUGAAUGGGUAAAAGAAAAUCUUCUUAGGUUGCUACCAAGGAAAUUUGGUUAUGACGUUAAAUCUACAAAGGAGUACUCUUCAAGAAUUUCAAGCGAUGAGCUUGUAGAUUCUUUUCUGGUCCACAAGCAACAAAUGACUCGAUACGACGACAAGAAUCAAUCGGAGGAAAUACUAGAAAGUAAGGUGUCGAGACAUUAUAAUUCAAGCAGAAGUGGCUUUCUAGGUAGAAAAGGUGGUUAUCGAGGUAGACGUGAAUGUGGAAGGAAACUGCUUGAGAGAUGCCAGGAAAAUGAAGGUCACCGAUCAUUUGGUCGUGGUAAAAAUUUUAAAGGCUACAAGAAGAGAUACAAAAUUUUUAUAUGA